AUGUUAGGGUCAGGGCAUGGAUAUGGGUUAGGUGGGCUUGGUGGGGUAAAGCUGGGGUUGGGGAAGGCCACCGGAGGAGAAGAUGAAGAAGAGUGGCAAGAGUCACCAGAGCAUUUUUCAGAUUCCUCAAGCUUAGAGGAACCAAAUCCGAAAUUUCAACGAGCACUAGGGAUCAUUGAUAGCAUUCAAAACCCUGUAGCCGUGGCAGAUUUCAUUGAUUCAGCAAUGAGGAUGAUUUCUAGCGGUGAUCAUUUCUGUAGACCUGUUAUUCCCAUUGGUCCCAAGUUUCAGGCUGAAAUUCCAGAGUGGACAUGCCUAGAAAAGAGGAAGAAUCUUUAUGGUGGUGAUGAUGAUUCAGAAAAUUUAAAGUGGUUGGGCACCCGAAUUUGGCCCAUGGAAGGUAGGAAUACAGAAACCACUGUGAAAGCAGUUGGGAAAGGGAGACAUGACGCUUGCUCUUGUGUCUCCCCUGGAUCUGCUGAUUGCGUUAAACGCCAUGUUCUUAAAGAAAGGCUCCGUUUGCAAUCCGAUAUUGGUGCUGCUUUCCGAUGUUGGAAGUUUGAUGAGAUGGGAGAAGAAGCCGUUUCGAAGUCAUGGACCUUGGAAGAACAAAGCAGAUUUGAAUCCCUUGUAAAAGUGAAUCCACUGUGGAAGGUAGCCAACUUUUGGGAGCUAGCCUUGAAGCGUUUUCCAUCAAAGUCCAUGAAAAGUAUUUUGAGUUAUUACUUCAACGUGUUUAUUCCUAGACGUAUGAGCCUGCAGAGCAAAUCUUCCCUUGAAACAUUUGACAGUGACGAUGACCAGGCUGAUGACGAGGUACCGGUUGAGGAAUAACAUGACUUUUUGUAAAUGAUGUAAAGCUAGGAUUAUCCCACAUAUUCGAAUACUCUACACUCGCGUUGGCCUUGUCUGUAGAUAUCAUCCCUCGAGUUGUGCUCAAGGGUCUUUUUGGUAGGUUGAUCAUUAGGCUGGUGUGGUGUGAUUUUGGAUCAAAAGUUUUGGUAGAAUUUGUAUUUACACCUGAUAUAAAGCAUUGAUAAUAUAAGAUGAAAAUUAAGGCUUUGUUUGUCGAUGCUUUUUGAAGGGUGUUUUUGUUUGAAAAGUAUUCAUAUGUGACAUAAAUGUAAAAAUAAAUUUGAGUGUUUCGGUUGUUUGUUAAUGUUUUUGUUUUGAAAAGUGAAAACAAAAGAAAGAAAGAAAAGGUUUUAUUGAACAAAGUCAGAUCUAACUCCAUUUAGUUGUCACACUUAAUUUAAGGGAAACUUCACUUACUGUACUUCUUAAUGUUUUGGCACUUUUACAAUCGUAUCCUUAAAAUUUAAGAAGUUUCAAUGUCCGGUUAUCAUGUUUCAAAACUUUACAAUGUCACCCUUAUUAUUAGAGUUUAGGGUUGCACUUUUUUAAUGUUAUUUUGUUCUAGUAGUUGCAGCAGAAGCUGUUGUUGAUAACUAUUACAAAGUAUAUUUAUGCUUAUAAAAGUUUAUAUGAAAGUAGAUAAAUUAUAAAAGAACUCAUUGUUGUGAGUAGUGAGUGUUAAGUCUCGCAUUGAGAAAAUAUAACAAAAAACAAUUGUUAAUAUACCUAAAUGGACCAAAACGCCAUUAGUUUAGGCUUUUAGGCUAGUGUGAUGUCCAAUCAAAGCCAUGAUUAACUUUUUGGGACGGGUGUCUGGAUGUAUCUGGUUUAGAGUUGUGUUCGCUUUCGCAACUCUUGUAUGUGUAACACUCUUGGACAUGUAAAAAGACUCACAAGCGAUGGGAAGUUGAACCAAUGUGGAGGAGACUCACAAAUGAGAAAGAGAUUGUUGUGAGUAGACUUUUGAGUGUUGAGUCUCAUGUUGAGAACAUAUAACCUAAGUGGGCCCAAGCUCAUUAGCUUUUAGGCUAAUAUGGUGUUCAAAUAUAUAUAUUAAUGUACUCUUGGUAAAAAACUUUCAAACCGCUUAUCUCUCCAACACUCAUGAGGUGCCAAGUCCCACAUUAAUUCUUUACUAGGUGAGACUGAGCUUUAUAAAUAAUUUUAUUGAGCUUCAAUUGUAACUUGACUAGUUAUUUUGGAGUGAUAGAUCAUAUGUUUCUUUCUACACGAUGCACGUCCGGACAACCUCUUAGUUCUGUCCGAACGAGGUGAAAGAGAAAUAGUCAGUGAAGCUCGAUCAGUAUCUUGUUUGGACCCCCUCUAGACAUGGCAUUUUUAUAGGGAGACCCCGUUCGGACUAGAUAGAAGUAUGAAGAUAGGCAUUAGGCAAUGUAGCUCGUUUGAAUUCUGUCUGAAUGAGGAAAUGUAGAGGAGACCCGAGGAGCUCGUCCAGACAAUACCGGUAAGAGAAGCACUCGUUUGGUAGUCUGUUUGGAUCUUGUCCUGGCGAGCUGCUUUGAUGUGUGUGUAUAUAGGAAAAAUAAUUGUCUGAUAAAGCCUUAGGACAAUGAAAUAUCCUAGAAACUGACAUGUAGUUAAAACGUAGAUGUAGAUGGUUACAAAUUGCGAGUUGUAAACAAAGUUGAAGAAAGAAUAGCAGGUGUUAAGUAAAAACUUACUAACCGACCGUUAUCAAAUUGUUUUAGAUGUUUUAUGAUAUUAUGUAUUGCUAAAUGCAUAUUUCAAUUAGAGGUGGCAAUUUGUGUUCAAGUGUUGGGUUUGGGUCGUGUUGUGUCGAAGCAUGUGUAUAAGACUAUAUAGGUCAACUAUAACUCGACCAAUUUAAUUAAGCGAGUCAAACCCCUCAACUUUAACCAUAUAAUUUUGGAUUUGGUUCAUGUUAGGUUUAUGGGUCAUGUCAAAAAUUGAUUGCCAUUAUGUCACAUGUUGAGUUCGAGUCGUGUUGAAGCAUGUAUAUAAGACUAUAAGUUAACCAUAAUCUAACCAAUUUAAUUAAACGGAUUAAACUUUUCAACUCUAACCUUUUAAUUUUGUGUUGGGUUUGUGUCAGGUUCACCAGUCGUGUCAAAAAUUUUUAGCCCUAAUUUUUUUUUUUUUUUUUUUUAAAUGUCCUCACAAGGAGAGGGAAAUAGGGGAGGGAGAUUUGAACUAGUAACUUUCGCUUCAUGAGGAAUGAUUCCUAACUGAUUGAGUUACCAUUUGAAGACUAAUAGCCCUAAUUUUAAUAAACUAAGGGCAUGUUUGGGAUUGCGUUAUAAAGGGUAAAAAGUAUUUUUAAUACUUAAAAAGCUGACAUGUUUGGUAAAAAAAUUUAAAAGUACGUAUUUGACUUUUUUACUCUAAAGAUAAUCAAAAGACACUUUUGGCAAAUGCUUAAAAAUGAAGUUUUUGUCCAAAAAAAAAAACACUUUUUAACUUAAAUGUUCUAUUUCUCAAGCAAAAUCCCAAAUAUGCUCUAGUGAUGACAAUGAAUUUAAUUAUAUUCAAUUAUGCCCCCUGUAUAUUAAUUUUUUUUUUUUAAAAAAAAAAAAAAUUGAAAGAAAAGAGAUUUCGAAGAUAAGCGAUUUGGAAAGAAAAGAAUAAGUUUUGUGAAAUGAAAGGAAAGGUUCUCGGUAAAUGUUUUGUCGUGACUCAAGCGUUGAGAGGGAGUUAAACACUCAACAACCUAGUGGUUAAUUGGAGGAAUACACUUAACAAGCCCAAUGGUUAAGUCGAGGCAAUACUCUUUAACAAACCCCCAACAGUUAAGUGUAGGCAAUACGCUUAACAUGUGAUCUCAACAUUUGGAGUUGGCUAGACUUUUAUAGAUCUCAGCCCAUGUGUUAGUGUCAUAUGUGGCUUUUUGUAAUUUUGAGGCAACAUUGUCUUGCCUUAAUGUAAUAACUCUUAUAGUUAUAUGAAGAUAUCUUUUUAUAGUAUUGGCAUUCAA